AAAGCACAGCAAUGGAUCUCUUCAUAGUUCUGGUGAUAUGUCUUUCUUGUUUGAUUUCUUUCUUUCUGUGGAAUCAAAAUCGUGCCAAAGGGAAGCUGCCACCUGGCCCCACUCCUCUCCCAAUCAUUGGAAAUAUUCUACAGAUAAAUACUAAGAAUGUCAGCAAAUCCCUAAGCAAGCUAGCAGAGAAUUAUGGCCCUGUGUUCACUGUGUAUUUUGGCAUGAAGCCUACCGUGGUGUUGUACGGGUAUGAAGCGGUGAAGGAAGCUCUAAUUGAUCGGAGUGAAGAGUUUUCAGGCAGAGGCCAUUUCCCAUUGUUGGACUGGACCAUACAGGGAUUAGGAAUUGUUUUCAGCAACGGAGAAAAAUGGAAGCAAACCCGGCGUUUUUCCCUGACAGUUUUGCGGAAUAUGGGGAUGGGAAAGAAGACUGUUGAAGACAGAAUUCAAGAAGAGGCCUUGUAUCUAGUGGAAGCAUUAAAAAAAACCAACGCAUCUCCCUGUGAUCCUACUUUCCUUCUGGGCUGUGCUCCCUGCAAUGUGAUUUGCUCCAUUAUUUUCCAGAAUCGUUUUGAGUAUGAUGAUAAAGAUUUUUUAACCUUGUUAGAGUAUUUUCAUGAAAACCUUCUAAUUUCAAGCACCUCCUGGAUACAGCUCUACAAUGCUUUCCCUCUUUUAAUACAUUACCUUCCAGGAAGUCAUCAUGUGUUAUUUAAAAACAUUGCUAACCAAUUUAAGUUUAUUUCGGAAAAAAUAAAAGAACACGAAGAAUCUCUAAACUUUAGUAACCCUCGGGACUUUAUUGACUACUUCCUGAUCAAAAUAGAAAAGGAAAAACACAACAAACAGUCUGAAUUUACCAUGGACAACUUGAUCAUUACCAUAUGGGAUGUGUUUAGUGCGGGAACAGAGACAACGAGCACCACCCUGAGAUACGGACUAUUGGUGCUAUUAAAGCACCCAGAUGUCACAGCUAAAGUCCAGGAAGAGAUUCAUCGUGUAGUUGGCAGACAUCGGAGCCCCUGCAUGCAAGAUAGGAGCUGCAUGCCCUACACAGAUGCUGUGGUACAUGAGAUCCAGAGAUACAUUGAUCUUGUCCCCAACAAUCUGCCCCAUUCAGUGACUCAGGACAUCAAGUUUAGAGAAUACCUUAUUCCCAAGGGCACAACCAUAUUAACAUCUCUGACUUCUGUCCUGCAUGAUGAGAAAGGAUUCCCCAACCCAGAUCAGUUUGAUCCUGGCCACUUCCUGGAUGAAAAUGGCAGCUUUAAGAAGAGUGACUACUUCAUGGCCUUCUCAGCAGGGAAGAGAGUUUGUGUUGGAGAAGGCCUGGCCCGCAUGGAGCUGUUUUUGCUACUGACCAAUAUUUUACAGCAUUUCACCUUGAAACCUCUGGUUGAUCCAAAGGACAUUGACACCACCCCAAUUGCCAAUGGGUUGGGUGCUACACCACCUUCCUAUAAGCUCUGUUUUGUUCCAGUCUGAAGAAAGGCCAGGCCGCCAGAUUGCAAAGCCACACUGACCUCACCUGAACAAGCCAGAUGCUUUUCUGUCUUAUGUGUCAGCCACCAUCCACCUCUCCUUUCACAUCAGGAAGGACAUUCCUGACCCUUUCUUUUCAUUGUCUUUAUCCUUUAAGAUUCAGUUCAAAUUUCCCUGUAUGAAACAAAAUUCUUUUUUGUAAUCCAGUCCUAAGAUUUCAUGCUGUAUCUCAUAUGCAGUGUAUACCAAUGUAAGGUACUUUAUUGUCAUAUUUUCUUCCAUUAAAAAUUAAAAAUUGGGACGCCUGGGUGGCUCAGCAGUUUAGAGCCUGCCUUCGGCCCCAGGGCCUGAUCCUGGAGUCCUGGAAUUAAGUCCCAUAUCGGGCUCCCUGCAUGGAGCCUGCUUCUCCCUCUGCCUGUAUCUCUGCCUCUCUCUGUGUGUGUGUCUCUCAUGAAUAAAUAAAAUCUUUAAAAACAAA